AUGGUAGCCAAAGGCACACGAGAUCGACGAUCAUCACUGGCCAAGGUCACAACUACACCAACAACUACUCGACGAACACAAGUAUCAUCAACUAGUCAAGAUAAAAAAAAAACUGCUAAACCAAUUGGUAUUUGUGGAUUUUGUUUGGGUGAUAAUGAAAAAAAUGCAAAUGGUGUUCCAGAAGAAAUGAUACAUUGUGCUGAAUGUGGAAACUCAGGACAUCCAUCAUGUUUACAAUAUUCUGAAAAAUUAGUAAAAAAAAUUCGAACAAUUCAUUGGCAAUGUAUCGAUUGUAAACGAUGUAUUAUUUGUAAUAAAAGCGAUGAUUCACUAUUAUUCUGUGAUUUUUGUGAUUCUGGUAUACAUCCACAAUGUUGCAAUCCACCAUUAAAUAACAUUCCUAAAGGUGAUUUUGCUUGUCAUGCUUGUCAUGAUGAAAUAAUGUCAUCACCAAAUAAAAAUCUUUCAUCAUCAUCAACACGUUCUCGCCGUAGUAAUAUAUCAAAUGAUGAAAAUACAUCAAAAAUUAUAUCUUAUCCUGUUGCUCAAGUUAUUGAUAAUAUGUCAAAUUUUUUCAUACCAAAUAAAUCCAAUCAUAAUGAUAUUCGACAACAAUCUGUACAAAAAGCAAUGAAAUAUUUACGUGAAAAUAAAACAUUAAAAUCUUCAAAUAGAAAAUUACUUAAAAGACUUCAUUCAUCAUCAUCAUCAAAUAUAAUCAAAGAAAAUGAUCAAUUAUUAACUAAAACAAAUUUAAUUUCAUCAAAAUCACAACGUAUACGAAAAAAACUUUUACAAGAUGAUGAUUUAUGUUCAAAUCUUCAAACAAGUACUCCUUUAUUAACACGUCAGUUAUCAAAUAAAAAAUCCCUUACAAUUGAACCAUUAACUUUUCAAACAAUUUAUCCAAUUGAAGAAUUAAAUAAAACACCAUCAUUACGAUCAACUAAUAAACGAAAACAUUCAACAAAUUCUUUGUCACCAAUUUCUAUUAGAUCAUCAAUUGUAAGAAAACGUACGAAAACUGAAUCUUCAAUAAAAAAACAACAUUCAAAAAACAAUAGUAAUAAACAAAAUGAAAGUCUAACUGAAGAUGAUCAAUCAGGUGAUGAGAAAACUAUACAAUCAAUUGUUGUAAGACGAAAACUUAAUUUAGAUUUGUCAAAAUAUAAAAAUCCGCCUGCAUUUAUCAAAGAUAUACUUCCAGACAAUAUUCUUGAAAAUGAUAUAUAUUUAUUUCUUGAAUCUCGUAAAGAUUCUACAAAACUUAUAACAGAUUGUUCUGAUAAAUUUAAUCAAUCAAAUGAAUCUAUGGAAGAUGAUGUAACAAAGACACGUUGGCCACCAUAUAUUGUUUUUGGUCCAGAUUUAAUAAAAACUUGGUAUUCAUCAUCAUAUCCUCAAGAAUAUGCACGUGUGCCAUGUUUAUAUAUAUGUGAAUUUUGUUUAAAAUAUAUGAAAUGUGAACAAGUUUAUGAUCGACAUCGUAAAAAAUGUACUGCUUUUUAUCCACCAGCAAAUGAAAUCUAUCAUAAAGAUGAUCUAUCAGUUUUUGAAGUUGAUGGAAAUAUAAAUCGAUUUUAUUGUCAAAAUUUAUGUCUUCUUGCAAAAUUAUUUCUUGAUCAUAAAACACUUUAUUAUGAUGUUGAACCAUUUUUAUUUUAUGUUUUAACGAAAAAUGAUGCUAAUGGUUGUCAUUUUAUUGGUUAUUUUUCAAAAGAAAAACAUUGCCCACAAAAAUAUAAUUUAUCAUGUAUAACAGUUUUACCAAAUUGUCAACGUCGAGGUUAUGGAAAAUUUUUAAUUGAAUUAAGCUAUUUACUUUCACAAAAAGAAGGACAAGUUGGUACACCUGAAAGACCAUUAUCAACACUUGGUGCACAAACAUAUGAAUCAUAUUGGAAAAUAAAAAUUGUUGAACAAUUACUUAUUUGUUAUAAUGAAAAUAAAAAAAAAUGUUUAUUAAAAAUGAUUAUGAGUGAAACAGGAAUGGCUAUUGAUGAUAUUAUUGAAACAUUACAAAAUUUAGGUGUUUUAACAAUGAAAUCAAAUGGAAAACCUGUAAUUACUGCUGAUGUAACACAAUUGGAAACAAUAUUAAAAAAUGAUAAAAUAAAACAUGCACAUUGGGUUUCAAUUGAUAGUGAAUAUCUACGUUUUACACCGGUACUUACACCACUUUUAUUAAUAAAUGAAGAAAAAGCUGUUGAAAAAGAAGUUAAAGAAAUUCAAAUUGUAUUUAAACAAAUUGGUCGUGAUGCUGCUGAAGCGGCAUUAUUAGAAGCUGAAUCAAAUGAUGGUUUGAAUUCUACUGAAACUGUUCGUUAUAUACGAAGACGAAAAAAUGGACAUAAACGUCGUUCAAUUAUUGUCAAACGUCGAACACCAAUUAAUAAUAAAUCAAAUAAAAAUGAAUCAAUCAUUACUAAUGAUGAUAGUUGUACAAUAGAUACAAUAAUUAAUGAUAUUGAUGAACAUUCUCAAGAAUAUAAACCUCGUCGACAAUUUUCAAUAAUAAAUGAAACUACGAAAGAACAAGAACAAGAACAAGAACAAGAACAAGAACAAGAACAAGAACGAGAACCAGAACAAGAACAAAAACAAGAACAAGAACAAGGACGAGAACAAGAACAAAAACAAGAAGAAGAUAAAUCUAUUCCUCUAAUACCUUCACCGAAACUUAUUUUAAAACAUCCAACAUUGAAACAAUUAAAACUUGACCAAUUUCUUAAACUUAUUCAACCAGAAGGAAAUUUAUCAACUAAUGAAGAACCUAAAACAAACCAUACAUCUCAUUCAAAUUUGGAGAAUAAAAAUGAAAAUAAUGAAGAAAUUCAUUUACAUUCAAGACGAAUAACUCGAAAUACUCGUUUAAAUUCUACAUCAAAACUUGACAAUGAUCUUGUUAUUGUAUCUAAUGAAAAUUCAUCAGAAACUUUAAAUAAACCUGAUCUUAAUCAUCAAGAUUCAUUAACAAUACAAAUAAAUGAAGGUGAUCUUUCAUUUGCAACAUCAAAUGAUAGUUCAACAACGACAAGUACUCUUAAUUCAUCUUCAACAUUCAAUAUGGAUCGACCAUUAUCAUUAAAGAAACGUGGUUUAACUUCAUCAGAUAUUCAAGCUUUAAUUGAUAGUACAGUUUCACCAUCUAAGAAUAAAACAGAUCAAUCAAUUUUAACUUGUGAAACAAACUUAACAACAAAAAAACAACCUGAAACUCUUUCAUUAUUAUCAGAUAUUCUUGCUAGUCCACUUCUACAAUCUCUAAAUGGUACUGAUGAUGAAAGAAAAAUUGAACAUAUUGAAUCUCAAUUAAAAACAAGUACAGCUUCUAUAGUUAAUAAUAAUCAAGAAAAAGAAAAAAUCGAACAAGAUUUAUCAAGAAAAAAUUUAUUUGAAACAACAAUUCAAUCAAUUGAACCCAUAGAUGAUGAACAACCUCCUAGUUUAACAUCUCCAACAUCAAUGAUUAUAUCACAAUCAAAUCAUUAUAAUUAUUCAACACGACCUAAACAACAAAUUAAUAAUUUUAAUCCAUCAACUAAUAUGACAUAUAAUUUUAGUGAUACAUCAUAUCCAUAUACAACAUAUCCACAAGUACCAUCCUAUGAUAUGCAAUCAUAUUAUUAUCCAUCAACAAUACCAAUGGAUUAUACCCCUUAUUAUCCAACAUCAUCAACAUCAGUUUAUCCACCUUCAGGAUCAAUUUAUGGAAAUACAUCUGAACAACAAUCAUAUUAUUCAUCAAAUAAUGUUAAUACAAUAUCAUAUAGUGGUAAUGGAACAACACCGUAUACUUAUCCAACACCACAACCAUCAUCAACUGUACCAACAACUCAACGGCAUUAA